AUGGAGGGCCCCAACGGUAAAGGAGAGGAAUCCUCGAAGAAGGUCCCUGCCACGACAUCGUCUUCCGGCGGAAGGAGAGGGAAGGAAGUUUCAGUGAACGCCGUCAAUCCAACACAACCGACGCCCCAGCAAUACUCGGUGAAUUUCGCGACCUCACCAACUGCCGCUCCUGCCUACUUCCCCCCGCCUCCACAGCAUCAGCACCAAUCGGUCUAUUACUCGGCUCCACCGGGCCCGUCGCCAAUGGCCUCACAACCAUUCGACCACCACUAUGCAACCGCGCCGACGUCGCCCCGACCCCCGGUGUCAAGAGCUCCUCCACCGGCGCAGCAGAACCCUACCUCGCAAGGGAGGGACGAGGACGCGCAAGACAACCCCCUUCCCUUCGUGAUCGACUACACUCCCGACGAACCCACGGUUGGAUUCGCAGGACGCAUGGCCUCACCAGCUCCAUUCGUCGUAGAUAUCCCCGCGCGAGAACCGUACGCAGACAGCAAGGUCCCCUGGACCUAUGAAGGAAGUGUCGGGAGUGUCGAGCAGCAGUUUAGUGUCAUGGGUAUGACAAGUUCAGGGUGGGCGUACGAGAACCCGGUAGCCAAGGACAGUGCCUGCUGA